AUGUUUUCAAGAAGACAAAUAAUAGUAAGAAAUAUACUACGACGAUGUUAUUCAAGUACUGCGAAGCCAGCAGUCACCAAGGAGUUAAGCGAAUCUACCCUUCGACGGAACCAAAGACGAGUUCAAGAUUUUGAAACGAAUAUCCAACUUGCUGAACAAUUUAAAUCUCAUAGAAAUAAUAUUAUUGAAAUUUUGAAAGAUGAAGCUAAUAUUGAUGCCUUGUUUGAAAAUAAUGAAACUCAUGUAAAUGGUGUUAACGACUACGAUGAAUUACAAAAAACAUUGGGAAAAUUGUCAUAUAAUGAUAUUGAGAUGAGAAACACAAUACUUUUAGUGUGUCAUUCAUUGGUUGAAUCACUUUACGUUGAAGAAACUUUACGAAAGUUAGAUGAUGGAAGAUUAAAGAAUUAUUUGGAAGAAAUCAAACUGAGUUUUGAUUUUGGAUCUUUUAAAGAUUAUCGAUUGAAAUUCGUUCACUUUAAAUCGUCACAAUUUUUAAAUCAUCCUGAUUCUGAUAUCGUCAAGGAAGUCGAUGGGAAUGGAUUUGUCAAAUUCGGACUGUAUGAGAAUGAUUCUAGCAAGUACAUUACCAGAUUUAAAGAAUCAUUUGCUAAAUAUGAACAGAAUAAGAAUCAUACGAAAUUAGGAGUGAACAUUGUUAAAGACCUUUUACAUGGACCUGGUCAUAUUCCCACUGCCGAAAUCUGGAGUUAUCUACUUGAUAAAUUUGAUCACUAUAAAUUACAUAACUUUCAACAAAUCAUUUAUGAAUCUCUUUUCCAGUACAAACAUCAACCAACUGUAUUGGCCACUCCAAGGGACCCUAAACAAUCAAAGCCACAGUUGAUGGCAGAUCAUUUUAUCCAUCUAAUUGAAUCCUAUCCUGAGAUACUUUCAUCGUUAUGUAAAUACCAAGAAACUAGAAAUGAUAAAGAAACAUUUAUUGAAUUGUUAUCAUUUUUAAAAUUGGAUAAAUUGGCAGGUGAAGUCAUGGUAUUGAAAAGUCCAUUAUUAUCAAUUGCAAAAUUCAAAUUACCUCAGAAAUGUCCUGGGAUUGAAUUGGAUUCUAAAUUAUUAACUAUUUCAAGGGAUUGUUUAUAUCUGAUUAUGAAAUCAUCAAUUAAUCUUGGUUUACAUGAGUAUGUGGAUUUAUUGUAUGAUAAAAUUGUACUUGAUUCUAUUGAUCCAAAUAAUAUCCAAUUAAAUUAUGUACAACAAAAACUAGUUGAAGGUAAGAUUUUCACUCCGGAGUUGUUUUUGAUUAUUUUGGAAUCUUGUAAAAAAUCAGAUAAUUUAGGAAGAGUACUGUGGGUGUUACCAUUCUUGGAUGAAUACAUUGCUUUAAAUAAAAAUAUUCCUCAAGAAUUGAAAGAUUCUAUAAUUGAAGUAUUAACUAUCUAUAACCUAGAAGGUAAGUUGCUAUCAUAUAAGAAACUUUUAUGUACUUAA